AUGGUCCAACUUCAUAUGGCACUCCCCUAUGAUCCCAAUUUCCGAAUGGCAAUCGGACCCGGACUCACACCAAUUGAGAAAGACCAAGAGCACGAUUCAUCUGCAUCGGCGGCUGUCGUAGCAGUUGAUCUGAUAAGCUCUGCACGGCUUGCACUUAAGCUCAACAGUGUGUAUACUGAGUACUCAGCUCAGUAUUUGGUGGAUAAUGCUCGUACCAACGAGCGAGGAAUGGAUCUCACACUCACUGUCAAAGACUACCUUGAGUUUGCGUUAAACAAAGGCAUACCGAAAGCAGAAGAUUGGCCAGAAUUGGGAUCUGAGUUCACGCCCUCAUCAUCGUACAAACCUGCUCUUGUCUCCAUGAAAGGAGAAGUGAUUGAGGCUAAGAAUAUGGAGGAAGCAUGUGACUUGUUGCUGGAUCAACCGGUAGGAGCAAAACUGCAUGUGUUCAGCCCACAAAUUGAUCUUGUUGGUGAUGGAGUUUACUGUGGCGCCUCAGGUGAGAAUGCCAGCUAUGUUGGACUUAGAGACGGGAUAAUAGUUGGAGGCGACAAGAUCCAAGGAAAGUCCAUUGCAACAGUGAAGCUAUGGUACAAGAAGCAGUUUAGGUUUGUCAAAGUGGCUUUGAGCAGGAUGUUUCUCAUUGCGGCAAUUGGUAAAAACGCCGUAGAGCCAACAGGUCUGCUUGUUGACUUUUGUGUCCCACGCUUAUCCGUCAAUUAA